AUGCCAAAAGAAGCAAGUGUAGAUGCCGGGGCCUGCACAGUGUUUUCCAAUCUCUGCCCCUCCCCCUGCUAUGAUUCGCUGAUGAACCUUCCUGGCUCUGGAAAAACGUACACGAUCUCCAUCUUUUUUGCUGAAGUUACGAGCAUUCUUCAGGCGCGCGAGGAGGCGGCGGAAGCGCUGCGCCGCGACAUCUCCCGUGCCCAGGCAUCUCCCGAACACCUGUGGAGAUCGCAGCUCAACGCCGAAGGGGCCCAGGAUCUGGAGACGCAGCAGCAAAGCUGCGAGGAGGAAGACAAGGACUCGAAGGUUGCAAUCCAGAAAGCUCCACAUCGCGUCUACAGUGCCCGCGACGACGAGCAAGCACAAGCCUAUGUGGAAGAUGUCAUUUCCAAGACGAAGAUGUGCAUGCGACAGAUCGAAACAGAGCGGCACUAUGUUGCAAUGCACAGGGACCUCAUAGCAGAGAGGCACCAGGCCACCAAGACGGAGGCCCAGGCCCGCAUGAAGCUGCAUGAGGAGAAGUCCAAGAAGCAGGUGAAGGAGCUUGAGCACAUGAGGCACCAGCUGCGUUUGCGCAGCGAUGAGGCCCUUGCCGAGAAGAUGGCGAGAACGCAGGGGGAGCUGCUAAGCGCGAAGGCCUUCUGUGCUCAGGUGCAGACCGACAUGGAGGCAGCCAUCCGCGACGCCCAGACGGCGGCGGCAAGGAUAGAGGCUGAGGCAGCUGCCAACACCUUUGAGGAGAAGAGAAAGCUGCAAGACUUGGAGAACAAUGCUUUGCAAAGCUUCAAAGGAAGCCUUGACGAAGCCCAGGGUGCAUGGGACGAGACCUCCAUGCGGAGAAAGGCCCUACAGGAGGAGCUCGAUGAGAUCCAUGCGCAGUACCAAAAGAUCCACGACGAAACUCAAACCAAGAUGAGUUCCAUCAUGGCUCAGUGGAAUGAGAGCCGUGAAGGCAUGGAGAAGAAAAUUGCCGACUUCGAGCUGAAGCGCAAGGAUGCCUUCGAACAUCUGGAGGGCGUCAUCCAGAGAUUCUGA